ACUGAUUCGUCGACACUAUUGAUUUCCCAGAGAGGGAACUCUUGCUCGUGCAGUACAUUUAAAUCCACUGGACAUUUCAGGAGAAGGCCAGGUCCAGAGCUGACCGCUCCUAACUACUAGUGAAACAAGUGGGUCUACAUCAGCACCAUGGAAGGUGGUGCGAUGAUCAGGGGCCUUUUCGUUUUGUGUAUGGCAUGGUGGGUCGCAGAGGCUCAAGACUGUCAGCCAUUGGAUCCGAUAUCGGGAAGUACCUUAACAGUUCAAAUACCAGAAGCAGACGACCAAACUCUUUUAAGUAACAAUCCAGAUUUCUACAGAAAGCAGAUUAGAAUCGGUGGUACUUACAACUUUGGAGUAAACUUACAAUUAUCCCAAGGGACGGCAGCUUUCAACCCUAAUACCUACUUUGCAUUUUCAACUGCAACAAAUUCCAACACUGGAAUUUAUAUCCGUCUCAUUCAACCUGUUGAUAGAGAUGGGAAUGCUUUUAAUGUGCAGCGAGUGGGUAAUAGUGAAACAUUUUCCCUUACAUGUACCACAAACACAGGAACAACAAGAACCUACUCAUUGGUGGUACAGUUUGUGGACCAAAAUGACAACAGUCCUAUUUUCCAAAAUACUCCAUAUUCUGUUACAGUUAAUGAGUUGACACCAAUAGGAUUGACUGUCUACCAACAAAUCACCGCUACAGAUGCUGACCAAAGCAACAAUGGUCAGAUAACAUAUAGCUUGCUGGCUGGAGAUGGCACUAUUAAUGAUGGAAGCCGAUUUUUUGCCAUCAAUCCCACAACAGGUGUGUUGACUGUGAAGGAGACUCUAGAUUAUGAGGGAUUAUCAAACCUGAAUAAAUUGUACUCUAUUCAAGUACAAGCAACAGACAAUCCGAUCAACACUGCAGAGAGGAGAACAAGCAGUCAGUUUUUAUCUGUGACCAUUACCGACGGUGAUGACUUGGGUCCAGCCUUCGAGUAUUCCUCCUGUUUUAGAUACAGUGGGUACUGUUUCGACCCUCGCUACACCAGUAGUAUCACUUCAACAUCACUGAACACCCAGCUAGUUGUCUUCCCGUAUCCACCUCAGACUCCAUUUAAUCAGCCAGUCACAGUGCAAGCCAGAGACAAAGACACACUUAAUGCUCCUAUUGUUUUCGAUAUUGAAACAACUGUACCCAGUGGAUAUGCAUCCUUCUUUUCUGUGCAAACUCAGCAGCAGACAGGGUCCAACUUCUACUCAGCUUUUAUUACUCAGACACAAAGCAUCAACAGAGCUAGUGUAGGAGGAAAACUGGAGCUUAUCUUGAGGGCAUCAGAGGAAACUGGACACAAACGAAGUACUCGUGCUACCAUAGAUGUCACGGUCAGUGGAACUAAUGACUUUGAUCCUGUUGUUACAAGCUCCAGUGGAAACUUUAUUGGAACCAUAAGUGAGGAUGCCGAUGCAGGGACACCAUUAAGAGCACAAGGCAGUACUGAUGCUAUCCAACUUGUUGUCACUGAUCAGGAUGUGUUGCCUGGAGAUCCUGAUCCCACUUAUUUCUUCGUGCCUGACACAAAUCUAUUUACCGUAAACGGUAAGGGGUUCAUUUCCUUGGUCAGUGCUGGUUCCCUGGAUUUCGAGACCAACUCACAGUUUACUUUUACGGUCGUUGUAAGAGAGGCAAAUACUGUAGAGAGACGUAGCGCAACAGCCACCAUGACGGUCAAUGUUAUAAAUGCCAAUGAUAAUGUUCCGGUGUUUCCUGCUGCUGCAUAUCAAUCUACCAUCAGUGCUGGAGGUUACACGCCCAGUAACGGAGUCACAGUGGCCACAGUGCAAGCAACAGAUGCAGACACAGGGAUAUUUGGACAGGUGUCCUACUCCAUUACUGCAGUCAGUAACUCGAAGAAUGCAAAUGAUAAUGCCAUCAGUAAGUUUCGUAUCAGCGGUUCCCUGGGUGUUGUGGAAUGUAUUGGAAGCGUCUCUGGUGAUGAACAGUAUACAAUUACCGUGAGAGCUGCCGAUGGGGGUACAGGACUUGACCAGAGAUUUGCUACAACGGUGAUUGUGGUUGACGUUACGGGAACAGCUGUAAACCAGGGUCCAUCCUUUACAGCCGGGACAUAUAACAUCCUAGUCAGUGAAGGAAUUCCCACAGGAAGCUCCGUGUUUGCUUCACCUGCUUCUGAUCCAGAAAGAGACACUUUACAAUACUCUAUGCAGGACAUCACCAACAACAAUAUUGUGAUUUCAGACUUUGUAAUGAAUACCUCAACAGGGCUAUUAACCACAAGAAAUGUAUUGGAUAGAGAGAGUCGCCCCAAUUAUGUCCUUAUUCUGUUUGCAAGGGAAACAUCAACUAGCAGGAGUGCCACAGCCACCCUCUCCAUCUCCAUUACUGAUAUCAAUGACAACAACCCACAGUUUCUGAACAAUCAGCUGUUUACAUUUAGUGUACAAGAGGGUCAAAAUAGUCAAGUAGCUGUUGGAACAGUCACUGCUGUAGAUAAUGAUGCACCAGGGACACCAAAUUCUGCAAUUUCCUACUCUAUUCAACCCUUGCCACCAAACACGUUUCAGAACCAGUUUUCAAUCAACAGUAACACAGGGGCAAUAACUACGGUUCAGCCCCUGGAUUACGAGACACAGAGGGUGCAUUACUUCCUGGUUCUGGCCCGGGACAACGCAGUGGACAGUAGGACAGGCACGGCCACGGUAACCGUCAAUGUCCAGGAUGUACAGGACAGCGUACCCAUCUUCACCGAGACUAAUUACGCCGUGUCUGUCCCAGAGAACAAUGUUGUCAGCCAGAGCAUCCUUCAAGUGGUGGCUGCUGAUGCAGAUGCUGUUCCGAGCAUCAAUUAUGUCAUCAUAAGUGGCAACACCCAGGGUUCUGAUGGAUUCGCAUUUACUGUGGAUGGAGCUGGACGAAUUUUCUCCAAGAAUUCUUUGGAUUUUGAAACAAAACAGUUUUACCAAUUUCUUGUGACCACCACAGAUGGUCAGAAUACAGGAAUUACAAGUGCCACAGCAACCAUCCAAGUGACUGUGUUGGACAGGAAUGACUUCCGUCCUCAGAUUACCGUUUCACCGAGCUCAUCAAUAAAUGUCCCGGAAACGGCAACCAUCAACACUGAAAUUGCUAAUUUUGAUGCUACUGACAAUGAUACUCCAAACACAGAUAACAGUAGAGUGGACUUUGCUAUUGCUGGUGUGAACCCAAGCACAGGGAAUGGAUUGUUUUACAUCAAUCCUUUUAAUGGCGUGCUCUACCUCCAAAAUCUCUUCACCACUGAUGUCAAUAGACCAUCCUCUUACCAGGUGACAGUAACUGCCACAGACAGAGGCACACCCCAACAGAGCGACUCUGCUACCAUCACCAUCAACAUAGUCCGUAACACACAAAGCCCAGUAUUCACCAACUCUGGGCAGUAUGCUACAACUAUUGAUCAGAACCUGAACAUUGGAACCAGUGUCUUCACAGUCACUGCCACAGAUGGAGAUACCGUGACCCCAUACAAUGUAAUCACCUACACUGCCAUUGGAGAUGGUAUUGCCACUUCAUACUUCUCCAUUGAUUCCAACAGUGGACUUAUUACUGUGAGAGAUACCCUUACAAAGGACAACUCAGCAACUUACACUUUGCGAGUGAGAGCUACUGAUGGUGGAGGACUGACUGCAGAUGCCACUGUGUUUAUCUCCAUCAACAGAAAUAUAUUCAGCCCAGAGUGGUUACAGACCUCUUAUGUUCAGUCCAUCGCUGAGAACUUUGCUCUUGGACAAACCAUUGUUAAUCUCCAGGCACGGGAUCAAGAUGCUCUAUCCCCUUACAAUCUGUUGUCCUACUCUAUUGUUGGAGACAGCCAGGCUUUACAGUAUUUCCAAGUUUCCAGUUCAGGUGCAGUUUCUCUUCGUCAAUCUCCCACCCAGACAAGCCAGUCCCAAUUUACAAUAAGGAUAAGUUUAAGUGACCAGGGCCAGCCCCCUCGGUCAGCUUCUAACCAGGCUGUGGUGAACGUGACCAUCAUCAGAAAUCAACAAGCCCCCAUCUUCUUCAGUUCUGAGUACCGAGUCACCAUCCAAGAGACGGCUUCUAUUGGAACUAGUGUACAGACAGUCUCAGCUUCUGAUGCAGACACCAACUCUCAGUUUAAUCAGAUUUCAUAUAAUAUCAUUGGAGAUGACACAGCUCCCAACUUUUUCCAAAUCAGCUCAAGUACCAGUUCAGGGACAGGCUACUCUGCCUUGAUCACAGUCAGAGCCAGUUUACAGUCGGAACCAACAGACUUCUACAGGAUAAGAGUUGUGGCCUUUGACAAUGGAUCCCCCAGUAGGUCGGCCACUGCCAUUGUCUACGUUACAGUGCGCAGAAACUUCUUUGCCCCUACCUGGACACAGCCCAGUUUUUCAGGAAAUGUCCUGGAAACCCAGCCUCUGGGUGUGAGCAUUCUACAGGUUACCGCCACAGAUGCAGAUUCACAGCCCCCAAACAACCAGGUGGUCUAUUCUUUGAACUCCACUAGCACCUACUUCCAAGUAGACUCAAAUUCUGGUGCUAUAUCUGUCAAAGUUCCUCUGUAUGCUGACAACACAAAACCCAGCCAGUACACUGUGUAUGUUAGGGCCGUAGAUCAGGGAAUCCCUGCCUUGACAUCCACAACACUAGUUCCAGUCUUUAUUAGUGUUUUCCGCAACAACAAUCCUCCCCGUUUUGUCAAUACUCCAUAUUCAACCACAAUUUCCAGAGAUGCUUCACCAAACUCCAAUGUCUACCAAGUGUCCGCUGUGGACAAUGAUAACCAAUUUGGAAGUAUCACCUACGCCCUGGAGGGAGUUGAUUCUGCCAGUAAUUUCUUCACAAUUGAUUCAAGCACUGGGCAGAUUCGACUGACUUCUAGCUUGUCCUCUGAUAUAAAUACUGUUUACAGGCUGUUGGCACAAGCCUAUGACAAUGGAUACCCAGCCCUAUACGACACUACAGUGGUCACCAUUAAUGUCAACAGGAAUCUCCAACCUCCAAUCUUUAAUCAGCAAACAUAUAACAUCACCAUUCUUGAAUCCCAGACAUUAGGGGAGACAAUCACAACAGUGGUUGCCUCGGACCCAGACUCUUUGACCGGUUCAAACAGUGUGGAAUACAUAGCUACAGGAUCUACCCAAGCCCUGAACUAUUUCUUCCUGAACCCAAGCACUGGUCAGAUCUCGGUCCGAAGGCCACUCACAGAGGACACCAAUUCUUUCACCAACACUCAGUAUCAGAUGACAGUGAUUGCCAGGGACUUUGGUACUCCCAGAUUACAGACACAGAACCCCAUCACAGUGACUAUAUUUGUCAUCAGGAACCAGUUCAGUCCAGUCUUUCAGAAUCUCCCAUACGAGCGUAACAUGCAACAGACCGUGGCAGCAGGAACCAGUGUUUUCCGAGUGACGGCCACUGACGCCGACACCAGGUCUCCUUACAACCAGGUGACCUACAGUAUUGUAUCCCAAAGCAACAAUGCCAACUUGUUCAGCAUUCAACAAGAUGGAGUCAUCAGGAUUACCAACACUGUGACCUCUAGCUCAGAUGCUCAGUACACUGUCUUGGUGAUGGCAGCAGAUGGAGGAGCACCUGCUCGCAUUGCUUAUGCCACAGUGGUGUUAACAGUGGACAGGAAUCUGAACACUCCAUUCUGGAUCAACCCUGGAUCAGGUGUCAACUACCAGACCACCACCCAGGUGUUGGAGACCCAGAGCUUCGGCACCACUAUCUUCCAGCUCUCUGCUUCUGAUCAAGAUUUCGCAGCUCCUUACAACACACUUGUAUACACACUUGUUGGAGUUGAUCCUGGUCCAUUAUACUUCCAAGUAGGAGUGAAUGAUGGUAGAAUUACUCUAAGGUCAUCUCUCUAUCAAGACACUGUCAAUGACCAGUACAGGCUGAUUGUGAGACUGAGUGACGGAGCAGGACGUGUGGCUGCACAGAGUGCCACAGUCACAAUUAAUGUCAUCCGCAAUCAGAAUACCCCGUACUUCAUCAACGAGCCGUACACCCGCCUGAUCCAGGAGAAUCUGCCCACGGGAACCUCCAUCUAUCAAGUCACUGCUCGGGAUAACGAUUCACCUAACACCUUUGAACAAGUUCGAUAUGAAGUUAUCGGUGAUGGAACUGCCCCAGUGUACUUUGCUGUGAACUCCAUCACAGGAACAAUUACCACAAGACAGUCUUUGUCCAGUCAGUCUGCAGCCAUUUAUUAUCUGCGUGUUCGUGCAUAUGACAAUGGAAUCCCCAGCAAGAGUAACACCAGUCUGGUGGAAAUCACCAUCAAUCGUAACCUGAAUGCCCCAAUAUUUGUUCAGACCCAGCUCUCUGCAAAUCUCCCAGACAACAAUGCCCUUGGACAGACUCUGAUCACAGUCACUGCCAAUGAUGCAGACACAGCUUCUCCGUAUAAUGAUGUACGCUACACCCUGAAAGGAAAUGCAGUUGCUCAGGAGUUCUUCUAUGUUGACUCUGUGAGUGGUGCAGUUUCCUUGAGGAAGGCCCUGUCUUUUGACAAUCAGCAAACUCAGUUUUACCAGUUGACCAUAGGAGCUCAUGACUUGGGAACCCCCAGUCUGUCUGCAAAUGUUGAUGCCACAGUAACAAUCAGUGUGGUCAGGAACCUGCAGACCCCAUUCUUCCUCCAGUCCAGCUACGUGACCACCAUUCAGGAGAACCAGGUGACCGGUACCUCCGUCCUCCAAGUGUCUGCACGUGAUGAUGACACCACAUCUCCAUUCAAUGUGGUGACUAUGAGGGCCAUAGGAGAUGACAGUGGACCAACAUACUUUAACUUCAAUGCUAACACUGGAGUCAUUACUGUCCGUCAGGACCUGAGACUGGACACAGCCACGCUAUACAGGUUGAGAAUUGAGGCCAGAGAUGGAGGCAUUCCAGCAUUGAGUGCAACAGUACUGGCAGACAUCAAUGUAAGGAGAAAUCUGUUUGCACCAGCCUUCUUGAAUCUGACCUAUGAAGUAACUAUCCCAGAAACUACAAAUGUUGGAAGUUCCCUUGUCCAAGUGCGAGCCACUGAUCAAGACGUCAGAGCUCCCCACAAUGUGACUGUGUUUAAUGUGGCCACAGACUCUGGUAACCAGUUCGCCAGCCAAUAUUUCGACAUUGAUCGCAACACUGGAUUUGUUUUCCUCAGACAGUCCUUACUGAAUGACAACACCAACACAAAUCGCUUCACAUUGAGUAUCGUGGUGUCUGAUACUGGAGUACCGUCACUGACAAGCACACAGAGGGCCUCAGUCGUCAUCAAUGUGGUCCGUAACCAGUUCCCACCCAACUUUAUCAACACUCCCUACGCCACAACCAUCAACAGGACCGUCCUGCAGGGUACCACUGUGUACACAGUGUCAGCUGUCGACCAGGACAUCCAGGCCCCGUUCAACACAGUGGAGUAUGACAUCAUUGGAGAUGACAACAGUGUGGUGUUUUUCAACAUUGACAGGAAUACAGGAUUGAUCAGACUAACACAGUCACUUUUCAGUGAAUCACAAACUUUGUACAAUGUUCGAGUGAGAGCAAUGGAUGGUGGUAACCCCCGCCUGUCUUCCACCACCGUGGUAGCGGUCACCGUAAGGAGGAACUUGGCAGCCCCAGUGUUCAGACAGGCUCGCUAUGAUACAACCAUUCCCGAGACCCAGACCCCAGGCUCACUCGUCCUCACAAUUCAAGCUGAUGAUAGUGAUAUCAGUGCUCCACACAACACAUUCAACUACUACUUCUCUGGAGUGAACACUCAGUCGGACAGGUUUUGGUUGGAUCCAAGCACUGGACAGAUCUACGUCAGGAGAAUCCUCUCCGGAGAAACUCAGAAUACAUUCACAUAUAAUGCAUUUGCUCGGGAUAAUGGUGUUCCCCAGUUGGAGAGUGCAUCCAUUCCUGUGACCAUCAAUGUACGGCGUAAUCAGUUCCCACCCACCUUCCAGAACGAGCCCUACUCCCGGGCCAUCACCUCUUCUGUUGGUAGUGGUACUUCCAUCAUCACGGUCACCGCCACAGAUGCUGACAACUUUUCGCCAUUCAAUGUUGUGACUUACUCAAUUAUUGGUGAUGACCAAGCUCCGAGCUUGUUCAACAUCAACCCCUCUACUGGAUUCAUCACCAUGAGCAGUAAUAUCAAUAACGAUGGCACCAGUUUCUAUCAGGUGCGAGUGCUGGCCUCUGAUGGCGGUUUCCCCUCCCUGACCGAUACCACUGUUGUGUAUGUCAAUGUCACAAGGAACUUGUUUUCACCAGUAUUCCAGCCUGAUAACUACAACAUUGCUAUUCCUGAGUCCGAGCCCCUGGGAGAGACCAUUAUAACUGUCACAGCCCUGGACAGUGAUGCUACGGCUCCAAACAAUGUAGUAGAAUACACACUUGCUGGAAAUACUCAAGCUCUCAAUUACUUCCGAGUGGACUCCCGAUCAGGCCGGAUUUCUCUGAUUCGACCAGUCUCUGCUGACACGACUAGCCCAAACAGUUACACACUGACAGUUACAGGGCGAGAUCUGGGAUCUCCCUCCAGGGCCGCCACCAACACUGCUACUGUCAUAGUCUCUGUGUUUAGAAACAACAAUGCUCCACAGUUUAUCCAGACCCCUUACAUCACAACCGUGGACAAGAACACAGUUGACAACAGUAACAUCUUCACCGUCAGUGCAGUGGAUGCUGAUACCCGGGCUCCAUACAACACAUUGACUCUGUCUGUGAUUGGAGAUGACAAUGCUCCUUCCCUCUUCUCCCUGACCCAGAGUGGAAACAAUGGUGUCAUUCGAGUAGUGUCCAGUCAGAACUUGGCAUCUGAUACUGCCAACUCUUACAAGUUGAGAGUUCUGGUUGCUGAUGGUGGGUUCCCGUCACUGACCGCCACAGCCACUGUGGACAUCACUGUUAGGAGGAACUUGUUCGCCCCUCAGUUCCAGAACACCUUCAUCAGAGUCACUAUUAGUGAAAGCACUGUAGUAGGAAGCAACAUCACCAGGGUAUUUGCCACAGACCAGGAUGUAGAUUCACCUAACAAUGUCUUCCGUUACGAAUUGAUUGGAGAUGGAGAUGGUCCGUCUUACUUCUUCGUCAAUCAGAACGAUGGAUCUGUAACUUUGAUCAGGAGUGUCCUGAACACUGGAGCUAGUGGAUAUGUUUUGAAAAUCCGAGCCAUUGACCAAGGAUUCCCCCAACUGUCAUCAAUUGCCACAGUAGAGGUGGUCAUCACACGGGUAACGGAGGUCCUGAGUUUCAUUUUGCCCUCUUACACCAGAAUUAUCUCUGAGAAUACCGCAGUAGCCAUCAACCAAGUCACACAGGUGUCUGCACAACCAGGGCCUGACGUGUUCUAUGAUUUGACUGGAUUCAGUGAUGGACCCGAUUAUUUCAACAUCAGCUCAGUAACUGGAGGUAUCUUUGUCAGGAAGGACCUGAGACUGGAUCUCAAUAAGAAAAGCCUGUACUACCUACAAGUGAGGGCUACCAAGACAAUCUCGGGACAGGUUCAGACAGCUUUCGCCACGGUCAACAUCACAGUGACCCGUAACGAGAACCAGCCAGUGUUCUCACAGAACAUCUAUGAAGUCACCAUUCCCGAGACCUCAGCUCUUGGCUCCAAUGUUGUCCAGCUCACUGCCACCGACGCAGAUACUCAGGAUACCAUCCGAUAUGAUAUGAUUAUAUCUUCGGGACAAACUGAAAAGUUCUAUCUAGGACCAUUCACUGGCCUUAUCACCCUCCGAUCGAUUCUGACUAAUGAUGCUACAAACAGAUACCAGUUCAAUGUGCUUGCACGUGAUCAGUCUAGCCCCGAGAGGACCGCCACUGCUACAGUGAUUGUCAACAUUCGACGCAGCAAUUUCCCCCCAGUGUUUGUGAACACUCCUUACUUCACUGGAGUUAAUGUUGGGUCUGCCAUCGGCUCCACCAUCUACACCGUUACUGCUACUGACGGGGAUCUCCUGGGUUCCAUUGCUUAUGAAGUUGAUGGAUAUUUGUCUGCUCCUGCCUACUUUGAUGUGGAAAGAUCAACAGGAAGAAUUAUCAUUCGCAAUGAUUUCAGUCUAGAUAUUACCACAAGCUAUCUUCUUGGAAUCAGAGCCUAUGAUACAAGUGCCCCAGGACAGAUUGCACAUGAAAAUGUGACUAUAUCUGUAAAUAGAAAUCCAAGUGCCCCAAUAUUCAAUCCUGCCAGUUACAGCCGUACCAUUGAGGAAACCCUUGCUCCUGGCAGUAGUCUGGUGCAACUCUCAGCUACAGAUGCAGAUGGGCACAACUUGCAGUACGCACGCCUAUCAAUCACACCAACUGGACUGGAGGACUUCUUCUACGUGAACUUUGACACUGGUUUGAUCACCGUCGCCAGAAUGCUUACCCAGACUCAAGUGAACUCCAUUCAGAUGACAUUCACUGUCACAGACAAUGGAAUCCCUGCUCGUUCUAGUAACACCCCAGCUAUAGUCAGCAUUCAGAUCCUCAGGAAUCAGUUUGACCCCUUCUUUUUCAAUACCCCAUAUAUUACCACUAUUCAGGAGACUACUCCAAUUGGUACAAGUGUACUCAGAGUCACAGCUUCUGAUCAAGAUCAGAACACUGUUUUCUCCAACAUCACCUACUCGCUGAUUGGAGAUGACACCAUGCCGUCAUACUUCACACUGAAUUCCAAUACUGGUCAGAUCAGCGUGCGUGCAUCACUGACUGCAGAAAUCCGCGACAGCUACCAGGGAAGAAUCGUUGCCUUUGAUGGAGGGUCACCACCCCGCAGUGCUACAGCAAUCGCCACAAUUAACAUUCAGAGAAACUUGAACUCUCCUGUUUUCAGUCCAGUCAACUAUGAACAAACCAUUCUGGAGACCAUGCAAGUUGGCACCAACAUUCUCCGUGUUACUGCCUCAGAUGCUGACAGAAGUUCUCCUUAUAAUGUGGUUCGAUACACACUGUCCAACAUCAACUCUGUGGCCUCCACCUACUUCACUGUGGAUAGUGUAACGGGCUGGAUUACAGUGCGUGUACCUCUCAACUUGGAUGUCAACUCCAACAACAACCAGUACAUUUUCAAUGUGCAAGCUACAGAUCAAGGAAGUUCUCCAAGAUCAGCUUCCCAGCCAGCUACAGUCACAAUCAAUGUGAUCCGCAAUCAGUUCCCCCCGGUCUUUGUCAACACCCCGUACGCCACCAGUCUGCCCUUCACUGUGGCUGCAGGCUCAAGUGUUUAUAAUGUGAAUGCUACAGAUGCUGAUACAAGGAGUCCAUUCAAUGUGAUCACAUACUCCAUCAUUGGAGAUGACAGAGCACCCAACUUGUUUAACAUCAACCCAGCAUCUGGUGUUAUUUCCACAUCCUCACAAAGCUUGUUCUCAGACCCUAAUACUUUGUAUACUGUUCGAGUCCUAGCUCAAGAUGGAGGCAGCCCACAAAGAAGUGCCACUUCCACUGUUCUGAUCACAGUGACCAGGAAUCUGAAUGCACCUCAGCUCCUCCAACAGAACUACACCGUCAGUAUCUUCGAGACCCAAAACCUGGGAGAAUCGAUCGUACAAAUUCAGGCCACAGACCAGGAUGUUGGUGCUCCCUACAAUACCUUGACCUACAGUUUGGUGGAUAUCUUUAACACUGGGUCCUCUCUUACCAGAGAGUACUUUGAUAUCAACCCCAGUGCUGGCUGGCUGUAUGUUAAGAAGUCCUUGACUACCACUGCAAACAACAACUUUGUGGCUGUUGUUAAUGUCAAUGACAAUGGAACACCCCAGCGAUCAGCAUCACAGUAUGCCUAUGUUACAGUCAACGUUCUCCGUAACCAGUACACACCGUUUUUCAUCAAUGAGCCAUACAGGGUGGAUCUGGGUGGUAACAUUGGCAUUUCUACCAGCAUCAUUGAUGUAACGGCAAGAGACCAAGAUAGUCCAUCCACACCAUUUGGACAAAUUACCUAUGACAUCAUUGGAGAUGAUUCUGCUCCAAGUUACUUCUCAAUCAACCAAGUGACCGGAAGAAUCAGCAUUGCUCGAUCCCUAACUGAACAAAGUGUGGAGGAAUACAGGAUCCGUGUCCGCGCCAGAGAUGGUGGUGUGCCAUUCCGCUUCAACACCUCUGUGGUGAUAGUCACAAUGCAGAGGAACUUCCAGACCCCAACAUGGCAGGUGCCCAACUACAGUAAGACUGUAGUAGAGAGCCUUGGUCUGGGAACAGUCAUUCUCACAGUCAAUGCCACUGAUGCUGACCCUCUGCCCCCACACAAUACGGUACGAUACUACAUCACAGCUGAUGCUGAGGAUUUGGAAUGCUUCUUGGUGAAUGAGGUCACUGGAGAUCUUGCUCUCAGGCGUUCUCUUCUGUACGACCCAUGCAGGGCACAAGUCUUCAAUAUGAGAGUGACGGCCCGUGAUCUGGGAACCCCCCAACUGUCCAGUGUGCCCAUUGAGGUGACCAUUUUUGUGGUGAGGAACAACAAUCCACCAGUGUUUGUCAAUCUUCCCUACACCACUCAGAUUGAGGAAACUUCUAACAUUGGCCGAUCAGUGUACAGAGUCACUACGACAGAUGCUGAUGUCCAGGUUCCAUUUAAUGUGGUGAGGUAUCGCAUCAUUGGAGAUGACUCUGCUACUACUUUCUUUGAUAUUGAUCAGAACUUUGGAAAUGUAACUCUUAAAUCCAGUGUGAACUUUGACACCACAUCCAAUUACAAGAUUCGUGUUCAAGCCUAUGAUGGAGGUCUGCCCUCACUGUCAGCCACCGCAACCAUUGAUGUCCUUGUUCAGAGGAACCUUUAUUCCCCUGUCUUCUCGGUCCUAAAUUAUGAGGUCACAAUCAAUGAAAAUGCUGCUCUUGGUGUGCCAUUUGUCUACGUCAAUGCUACAGAUGCUGACAUUAGGAGUCCCCACAAUGUGAUCCGGUUCUCUGCCACUGGCACUUCCUCUGCCCUGGAGUUCUUCCAGAUUAAUCCAAUUGAUGGGGGAGUGUCUGUGAAAAAAUCUCUCACUACCGUCUCUAACAGAAACAUCAAUCAGUACUCUAUGACUGUACUGGCUACCGACCAAGGUGUCCCUAACCGGGUCAGUUCCCAACAGGCCACAGUGCGCAUCAACAUCCUCAGGAACCUGAACUGUCCCGUCUUCAACAACCUUCCAACCAACAUCAGCAUCAGCCAGUCCACGGGGUUAGGAACCAGAGUCUACAACGUGUCCGCUACUGAUCUCGAUACUGAUCCAUCAUUCAGGGCCAUCACCUAUGACCUUAUUGGAGAUGAUAAUGCACCAAUUUACUUCAGGAUUGAUCCAACAUUUGGUUUCGUAACACUCAACACAGGACUGUUCUCAGAUUCUGGUAUUCAGUACAAGCUAAGAGUGCGGGCCAGAGAUGGAGGAUCUCCACCCUGUGAGUCAUACAGUGUUCUGACCGUGGCUGUCCGAAGGAAUGAGUUUGCGCCUCGGUGGACUCCAUCUGCCGUAUACACCACCACCAUUUUGGAAACACACAACAUUCUACAGCCAGUAUACACUGUGUCAGCUGUUGAUCAAGACUCCUCGUCUCCUAACAACAUCGUGAGGUAUCAGAUUGUGUCGCAAACCCUAAACAGCGAUUUGUUUACUGUCAAUGACCAAACUGGUCAGGUGUACCUCCGCACAAAUGUCCUGGGCAACAAUGUCAACCAGUAUAAUGUGAGUCUCUUGGCCUUUGAUCAGGGUUUCCCCUCCUUGGUCAGUGCUCGGGCCCUGUUAAUAGUAAACAUCCUGCGUAAUCAGAACCCACCAGUGUUCAUCAACGAGCCAUACAGCACCACCAUCAGCCAGAACCAGGGCACCUUCCAGUCCAUUAUCACUGUGACGGCCACUGACGCUGACCUCACUAAUCCGUUUAAUCAGCUUGAGUACAGCAUUAUUGGUGAUGAUGCAGCACCCACCUACUUUGCCAUCAACAGCGGAGGAAUGAUUACCUUGAGACAAUCCAUUCCUUCCAUUAAUACAGAUGUCUACAAUAUCCGAGUCUUGGUACAAGACGGAGGAAAUCCCAGACUCUCUGAUGUAACCACUGUUGUUGUAUAUGUAAACCGCAACUUGUUUGCACCAUCAUUUGCCCCCACUCAGUACUCUCGAACCAUCCUUGACACAGAAGCAGUAGGCGUUCCCCUUGUCAAGGUCACAGCCCUAGAUGCUGACACAACGUCUCCUCACAAUGUUGUGAGAUACUACUUGGAUUCUGAUGCCAACACCAGUACCUACUUCUUGGUUGAUUCAAUCACUGGAGAUGUUAUGCUUCGUCGAUCAGUCUACAACAUUACAUUUGGAACUCAGAAUUUGAACUCAUUCAGUUUCCGUGUCUUUGCUUAUGACCUUGGAACUCCAAGAAGAAACUCCACCAAUGCGGCUGAUGUUUUCAUCAAUGUCAUCAGGAACAAUUUCUCCCCCCAGUUCAUCAAUACACCAUACUCUGUCAACAUUGCAGAGACAGUUCCUGGUGGAAGCUCCAUAUUCCAGACCACAGCUAUUGACCAAGACACAAACGCACCAUUUAACACUAUCACAUACUCUCUGAUCGGGGACGACUCCACACCCACAUUCUUUACUGUGGAAUCUAACACAGGAUUGAUCAGACUGAAGAGCAACCUUGACCUAACCACUGACCGAGUCUCCACCUAUGUGGCUCGCGUGGUGGCCAGUGAUGGAGGCUUCCCAUCCCGCAGUGCUACAGCUACAGUCCUGAUCAGUGUCCUCAGAAAUCUUUUCUCUCCAGUGUUCUCCAAUUUCAACUUCCUUCAGAGGUCCAUUCUAGAGACUGUUCCUGUUGGAACCUUCAUCGUCGACCUUAAUGCCACUGAUGCUGACAAGUCGAGCCCAGAGAAUGUGGUACAAUGCAGGAUUACUGGUGAAGCCAACGCUGCCCAAUUCUUCUUCAUCAACUCUCAGACAUGUAUCAUCACUCUUUCGACUUCCGUUCUAAAUACAGGAGUGAAUUUCUACAGGAUCCGUGUUGAAGCCUUUGACCAGGGCACACCACAAAGGAGCGCAUUUACCAACGUAGAGGUAACUGUGAUCAGAUCCCAGGGGGCACUGGCGUUCACUCUCCCCUCGUACGCAACAAUCAUCAGCGAGAAUCUUGGAAUCAACCAAAAUGUCAUCACCGCCAUUGCACAGCCAGGGACACCAACAUACAGUGUGCUUGGAGUAAACCCUGCACCAACCUACUUCACUAUCAACCAAAAUACUGGCUCCAUAUCUGUCAUCAGAGAUCUCAAGACUGACCCAGCUAGGCUUCAGUUCUACCAACUUCUGGUCAGAGCUGUGUCAGCUGAUCAACUGUCCACUGCUGAUGCUACUGUCAACAUUACGGUUACUAGAAAUGAGAAUGGCCCCGUGUUCACAUCCAGUAUUUAUGAACAGACCAUUGUAGACACAACUCCUGUUGGAAAUUCUGUCCUCCAAGUUACAGCCUCUGACCGUGAUCAGGACGUGUUGGAGUACACUAUCACAACUGUGUCCAAUGUGACAGACUUCUUCUUCCUAAACCCAAGUACAGGCAUCAUCUCUCUGAAGACCUAUCUGUUGUCCACCUUACAGAAUCAGUACACAUUUACUGUGCGUGCUUCGGAUCAACGUAUCCCAGAGAGGACAGCGACGGCAGAGGUCAGAAUUAACAUCAUUCGAGAUAGAUUCCCACCAAUCUUCUUCAACGAGCCUUACGGAACCUCUGUGUCUGAGAACACUGUGAAUGGUACCUCUGUCUACAGAGUGACAGCCAACGAUCAGGACCUCAGGGGACAGAUAAACUAUGAAGUGAUUGGAUUCAGCGUAGCUCCAGCUUUCUUUAGGGUUGGCCAGUUGACAGGCAUUGUUACUGUGUAUGAUGCAGUUGGUCUUAAGGUGGAUCCAGGACUCCAGUACACGCUCCGAGUGGUUGCCUAUGAUUCUGUAUACCCCAACAACCGUGACACUGCCGAUGUGACCAUCAGUAUAACCAGGAAUGAGAGGUCACCAAUCUUCUCUCUACCGUCCUAUGAACAGACCAUUCCUGACACCUUCUCCCUGGGUCAGAGAGUCCUAGAUGUGACCGCCACAGACGCUGAUGGAGAUGUUGUGAAGUACGAAAUCACUGGAGGCUCAAGAGCUCUGGAGUACUACUACAUCAACCCAGACACUGGAUCCAUCUCUCUCAAGAAGCCUCUCACUGAGGGAAGUCAGAGUCAAGACACUCUUAACCUGAGGGCCAGAGAUCAGAGGAACCCCGAGAGAUUUGGAAAUGCAAUUGCUGUCAUCAACAUUCUACGUGAUCAGUUUGCCCCAGUUUUCUUGAACCAGCCAUACAUAACUACUGUACAGAGAUUAACGGCUGUUAAUUCAUCAAUUCUACAGACAACAGCUACAGACAAUGAUUUGAGGGGAGACAUCAGGUACCAGGUUACUGGUAACUACCCUGCACCAACCUUCUUUGAUGUGAACGCAGUUACAGGAAUGAUCUUCUUGACACGAUCAGUGGCUCUGGAUGGACUUCUGAGUAACACCUACUUUGUGAAGCUCAUUGCCUAUGACACAGUGUAUCCUAAUAUCCAGGCUACUGCUACAGCCACCAUCAAUGUCAACAGAAACCCCAACCCACCCAUCUUCAACCCCAGUACCUACAGGGUCACCUUGUCUGAGAACCACGCCCUUGGCAGUGCUGUUGUGGACGUCAAUGCCACUGAUGCUGAUUUUGAUGUCCUGGUUUAUUCCAUUGUUGGCAAUGCUGAUGAUUUCAGCUAUUUCUACAUCAAUCCUGAAUCUGGACUUAUUUCGCUGAAGCGCACUCUUACAGAAGCUGUUGGCAAUCAAUUUGAUUUCAAUACCAUUGCUCGGGAUCAAAGUAACCCGGAGAGAUCUGCUACAGCUUACGUUGUAAUAGACGUGUUAAGGGACACAUCACCUCCUGUUUUCAUACAAGAGCCUUAUGUUGUAACCAACUUACCAGAGACCAGUGCAGUGGGAACCUCCAUUUACACCGUUACUGCUAGAGACAAUGAUCUCAAGGGAGAGAUUGUGUACAGUGUAAUUGGAGAUCUUCAGACUCCCUUCUACUUCGAUGUCAACUCAAGAUCUGGUAUUGUCACCAUCAAGAACAGCCUAGUACAGGAUAAUGCCCAGACUUACAUUCUGAGGGUGACAGCCUAUGACAGUCUGUCUACAUCCAGAGUGGCCACAUCAACCAUCUCCAUCAAUGUCAUCAAGAAUCCCAGUGGCCCCAUCUUUACCCUGCCCGCUUAUGAGGUUACAAUCCCAGAAACCCAAUCCCUGGGCUCCACUGUCGUCAAUGUUACUGCCACUGAUCAGGAUGGGGAUGCUGUGAGAUAUUCCUUGGUUGACAACUUGAAUGGAAACAACCCACUGGCAUAUUUCUUCAUCAUCUCUGACACUGGGUUCAUCUACCUGUCUCAGCCUCUGACCAAUAAUGCCAACCAGGUGGACAGGUAUCAGAUGACAUGUAUAGCCACAGACCAGAGAGCCAAUCCCAGGACUGCCUCAGCCAGAGUGACGGUGAACAUACUGAGGAACCGCUUCAGGCCCGUGUUUGUGAACACGCCAUAUGGAUUCAGUCACUCUGAGAACAUUCAGGUUGGCACUAGUCAAUACAGAGUGUCUGCCGUGGACAGUGACCUUGUUGGCAGGAUAAACUAUGACGUCAUUGGGGACGGAAUUGCACCUUACUACUAUUCUGUGAACUCUCUAACUGGAGACAUCACUAUCAGAAAUGCCCUCACCACAGACCGACUCAAUGUUAACUACGUUCUGAGAGUGCGUGCCUAUGACACAGCCUACCCCACAGAGACUGCCACAGCCACUGUCAACAUUGGAGUCUCAAGGAAUGAGAAUCCUCCAGUCUUUGGCCAGAACCCUUACCGAAUCACCAUCAAUGAAACGGUUGGAGUGGGCACCUGUAUCCUGGAUGUGGAUGCCACUGAUGCUGAUGGGGACCGAGUGGUGUACAGUUCAAAUGGAGACAACUCUACCCUGUUUUACUUCUACAUCUCAGUGGACACUGGACUUAUCUGUGUCAGACAGCCUCUCUAUGGAGCUACACAAACCGAAUACAGGUUGAGAAUGAUUGCAAGUGACCAGGCAACCCCCGAGAGGUUUGGUUAUUCAGAUGCUUUCAUCACCGUGGUAAGGGACCAGGGACCACCCUUCUUUAUCAACCAGCCAUACCAGACCACCAUCAACGAGCUGGACGCAGUGGGUCGUCAGACCUAUGUCGUCACAGCAAGGGACAACGACUUGGUGGGAGCUAUACGCUAUGAAAUGAUUGGAGACUAUCCAACCCAGAGCUUCUUCAGAAUCGAUCCAUUCACUGGAAACAUCACCAACACUGUCAGUCUGAAGAGUGACAACAUACGAUCUCAACAAUAUGUUGCCCGUAUCAUAGCAUUUGAUACUGCAAGACCAUCUGCUAGUGCUGUAGCAACUGUCAACAUCUUUGUAAUCCGUAAUCCAAACGCCCCACAAUUCCGGCUGCCAUCUUAUUCUACCACUAUAAAUGAGAACCAGGCCAUUGGACAGUUCAUCAUAAAUGUGACAGCAACUGAUGCUGAUGUACAGGACACCAUUUCCUACUCCAUCAUCAGCCAGCAGUCUUCACCAUUCAGUACCAACACUCUGUACUUCUACAUCGAUCAGAUCAGUGGAAACAUCUGGCUUAGAGAGUCCCUGCUCUCAACCUCAUUCAGUCAGUUUGUGCUACAACUGCGAGCCUGUGACAAUGGAUUCCCCCAGAAGUGUGCCAACAGCACAGCCUUCAUCACUGUCAACAGGAACCAGUUCCCUCCAGUGUUUAUCAACGCCCCGUACUUCCAGAGAAUCGAGGAGGACCGGGCUGUGGGCAGCAAUGUCCUCACUGUCACCGCCACUGACCAGGACCUGAUCGGCGCCAUCGUCUACGAGGUGGUUCUCCCCGGAUCCCCCUACUUCAUUGUGGAUCCCGCCUCUGGGGUGGUCUCACUGGCUUCCUCUGUAAAACUGGACAGCAACUUACAAUACAGGUUCCAAGUAGCUGCCUAUGACAGUCAAGACCCAACACGCAGGACCACCAGUCAAGUGACCGUUGAAGUUACCAGGAACCCCAGUGGACCGUCAUUCCUUAGUGGUCAGUAUGAGACAACCAUUGCAGAGACCUACCCACUGGGAGAGGGCGUCAUCAAUGCCACUGCUGUGGACAGGGAUGGGGAUCGCUUGCGGUACUCCAUUGUUACAGAUGAUAUUUCUAAGCAGUACUUUUACAUAAAUCCUGAUACUGGAGUCAUCUCCCUUAGAAGAGUGUUGACAGACAACAACAUUGGCAGGUUCUCUAUGAGCCUCCAAGCUUCUGACCAGCGUGUGCCAGAGAGAGUGGCCACCAUUCAGGCCUUUGUGAAUGUUCGGCGAGACAAUCAGCCUCCAUUCUUUAUCAACACUCCCUAUGGUAGAGCCAUUCGUGAGAACCAAGUCAUCAACACCACCUUACUCACUGUGACUGCCACAGAUAGUGAUUUAGUGGGUUCAAUCCGAUAUGAGUCCAUUGGAAUCUUCCCUGCUCAGACCUUCUUUGAAGUAAACACUGUAUCUGGAGCAAUCAAUAUCAUCCGAUCUGUCAGAGAUGAUGUCAUUCUGAGGGCUUCUUACACUCUCCGUGUCAUUGCUUAUGACACAGCUUACCCAACAAACAGAGCCACUUCUGACGUAAUUAUCUCGGUCACUCGAGAUGAGUUUGGCCCCGUUUUCACUCCCUCGGCUACCUACGAAAUAACAAUACCAGAGACAACCAGUAUUGGCAGUCAAGUGAUCACAGUUCUGGCAGUGGAUCAGGAUGCUAAUGAUAUCAUAACAUACCAGUUGGUGAACUCCACCUCUAAUGGGACCGAAUACUUCUACCUGGAUCGUGACACUGGAGCCAUCACACUGAGGAGAUCUCUAGAGGGCACAUUCAUCAAUGCUUACACGCUGACAGUCCGAGCCACAGACAACAGAAUCCGCUCAGCCCUGGCUACUGUUCGUAUCUUUAUAACAAGACAAAUUAACCAGCCUCCAGUCUUUGUUAACACUCCUUAUGAGACCACCAUAGAAAGCAGCCGUCAGAUAAACUCCACUGUAUACACAGUGACUGCUGUGGACUCCGAUCUACAGGGCACUAUUCGCUAUGAAGUGAUUGGGUACUUCCCAGCCACCGAUUAUUUCACACUGAACUCUUUCAAUGGCCGAAUCAGUCUGAUAAGAUCCGUGUCAAAUGACCAGUACUCAUCUCUACUCUAUGUGUUGCGUGUUGCUGCCUAUGACACCCUGGAUCCCACUCGCAGGACAGAGGCAAAUGUUCUGAUUAACAUCAAUCGUAAUCCCAAUGCACCAAUCUUCAGUGAGCAGUCCUAUUUCAUCACUGUCCAGGAAUCGGUCGCCCUUGGAACCAACAUCAGGACCCUGACAGCCACAGACAACGAUGGGGACACUGUCACCUACGAAAUCAUUGAUCAGAACACAGCUGGCUCCAACUAUGCACGGGAAUAUAUCUUCCUUACUUCCAACUCUGGGGAACUGAUAGUGAAGAAAUCACUUGUUGGAAUCGGGACCAGUCAGUUUACCUUUACUGCCCGUGCCAGGGAUAGGAGAUAUCCGGAGAGAUUUGGAACAGCCUCAGUGACCAUCUCCAUUGUCAGAGAUCAGUUCAGACCUCAGUGCCAGAGUUCUAAUGCAGUGACCACUAUCACAGAAACCAGAGGGGUUAAUGAGACCUUCCCAUUCUACACUGUUGGAGUUACUGAUGGAGAUCUGAAGGGUAGAAUUGUGUAUCGCGUUAUUGGAGACGGUGCUGCCUUGGCAUACUUUGGUAACGUUGACCAAAAUGGUGGUUUGUAUGUAACGAGAAACCUGAAACUAGACAGUCUGACCCAGUACACUGUCCGUGUGGAGGCCUACGAUUCAGCUUACCCAUCUAAUCCCACCGUGUGUACCGUCACCAUCAAUGUCAUUCGUAACCCAAGCUCUCCCAUCUUCAUUGGAAAUUACGAGACUACCAUCAAUGAGAACUACCCUGUUGGAGACGUCAUUCUGACAGUCACAGCAAGAGAUGCUGACCUUGACACUGUCACAUACAGAAUUGUAGCACAAGACGCCAACAAUUAUUUCUACAUUGCCCCAGAGUCUGGAGGAAUUUAUCUCCGCAGGAGCAUCGUCCUAUCCAACUCUAUCAACAACAGAUAUGUGAUGACUGUCCAGGCAUCAGACAACCGUUUACAACCAAGAUUGACCAAUGCCACAGUUAUUAUUAAUGUUGUGAGGGGCCAGCCACCUUUCUUCCUCAAUACACCCUACUCUACUGCAGUUAAUGAGCGUGUGGCCAUUGGAACCUCUGUGUACAGAGUGUCAGCUCAGGAUAAUGACCUUAUUGGCAACAUUCAGUACAAUCUGAUUGGAGAUAUCCCCGGCUCUAGCUAUUUCCGUGUCAACUCCACCACUGGAAUGGUGUUUGUUGCCGUCAAUCUCCGUCAGGACAGCACUCAGUUCUAUCAGUUACGGGUGACUGCCUUUGACACAGCCGUCCAAUCACAAAUUGCCGAGGCCCUCGUCAGUAUCAACAUGAUCAGGAAUGAGAAUCCUCCCAUCUUUGUCAACGAGCCUUACACCACCACAGUCCCCGAGAGUAUCAGCCUGGGCUCCAGCAUCUACAAAAUAUCAGCCACUGAUGCAGAUAAUGAUGUUCUGCGCUACAGUAUUGUGGGUGUGUCCUAUGCCAACCAGCAGGUCUUCAAUACCACCCUGUCAGAUUACUUCUACAUCAAUCCCGACUCAGGAAUCAUCUAUCUCACGAGGUCCCUCGUCAACUUUGGAUUCUCAUCUCUCAACCAGAUUCAGAUCACUGUGAGAGUAACAGAUCAGCGAGUGACCCAGGAGAGGAUAGACACCUCGACUGUGGUGGUCAAUGUUCAGAGAGACCAGUUCCCACCCGUCUUCCAGAACACGCCCUAUGGUGUGUCCAUUACAGACAAUCAGGCUCUCAACACCACCAUCUACACCGUCUCGGCUGUGGAUUCUGACCUGCGGGGAAGAAUUGUAUAUGAAUCUAUUGGGGUGUACCCAGCUCAGACCUUCUUUGCCGUGAAUAAUUUAGAUGGCCGUAUCACUGUGAUUGACAACUUGAUGAAUGAUGGAUUCUACAGAUCCUCUUACACUCUGAGAGUGAUUGCUUAUGACAAUUUGUCCCCUGCCCUGAGAGCCACAGCUGAUGUCCUGAUCUCUGUAGGAAGAAACGUCAACCCACCACUCUUUGAUCAGCAACAGUACCAGCAAACUAUUCCUGAAACCUUCGCCUUUGGCAGAGGAGUGAUCAGUGUCCGUGCAACAGACAGAGAUAAUGAUGCCAUUACCUACAGCAUCAUUGGAGACAACCAGAACAGCAUCUCUCUAUCCUAUUUCUUCAUUGAGCCAGCCAAUGGCACCAUUUACCUACGUCAGUCACUGGAAAAUAACAAUAUUGAUCAGUUCACAUUCACUGUACGAGCCACUGACAAUGGCCGACCUAGCCGUUCCACCACUGCCCAGGUGAUAGUGUUUGUGACCAGGAACCAGUUUAACCCUGUGUUUGUCCAGACUCCCUAUGUGACCAGUGUCCAGGAGAACACAAAUAAUGGCUCCCUGAUCUACACUGUGACAGCUGUGGACCAGGAUCUGCAGGGCAGGAUUGUAUACCGCGUCACAGGCACUCUGUCCGCUCCCAGCUUCUUCAGACUGGAUCAGGAUGGACGGGUGUACACUAACGGAAAUCUCCGAACAGACGUCUCCCUCACCUAUGUUCUGCGAGUGCAGGCCUACGAUAGUUCUGUCCCGACCCAGACCACCACUGCUGAUCUGACCAUCAAUGUGCUGAGAAACAUCAACCCCCCAGUCUUCUCCCAGGACACCUACUCCACCAGAAUCAGUGAGGCCGCCAGCAUUGGCUCCCGGCUCAUUGACACCACUGCUACAGACCUAGACAAUGACCGCCUGACGUACUCCUUGAGGAACAAUGAGCAGAGAUGUGUUGACAUGUUCUUCAUUGAUACUGCCAAUGGUGACAUCUUCUUGAAGAAGUCCUUCUUGGAUAUAUCAGAUGUUACAUUCUCAUGUACUGUACAAGUGACAGACAAUGGCUAUCCCAACCCUCAGUCCGACACAGCCACUGCUAUCAUCACAAUCGACCGAGAUCUGAACGUACCUGUGUUCACCAGCAAUGCUCGCUAUGCUGUGACCAUUGAUGAAACCACCAACAUAGGAAGUUCCAUUCUGAAUGUGCAGGCUUCAAGAUUGAAUCUAGUGGGACGUAUUUACUAUGAAUCAAUUGGAGAUUAUCCAGCCCAGAGUUUCUUCAUGGUACAGAACACCAGUGGUGCCAUCAGUGUCACCCAGGAUCUGCGUCAAGACAACCUGCGUCUGAACUCCUACUUGCUGAGAGUAGUUGCCUAUGACACUAGUGUGUCUCGUCUGAGGGCUACAGCUGAAUGUUUCAUCACCGUCAGAAGGAACCUCAAUGGACCAAUUUUCAAUCCUUCGACAUAUGAAGUGACCAUCAGAGAAGAAUUAGCCGUCAACACCUACAUCCAGAAACUGAAUGUGUCAGAUCCUGAUGGAAACCGAGUGACUUGCUCAAUGACAGGCGAUCAGAAGGCUUUGAGCUACUUCAGUGUUGACUCACAGACCUGCUUUGUUAGAGUGAGCAGACUCCUGACAGAAGACAACACCAGGGAUAUCAGAUAUACGGUGACAGUGACAGCAACUGACAAUGUCAGUCCCAACCCUCAGUUUUCCACAGCAACAGUCUUUGUGAAUGUGCUCCGUGACCGUUUCCCACCUCAGUUCACCAACCUUCCGACCGUGAUCCAAGUCCAGGAGUCGUCCAACGUCAACAGUACUGUGUUUACAGCCACGGCCACUGAUCAGGACCUGAAGGGAACCAUCGUGUAUGAAAUGAUCGGCAUGUUCCCAGCUCAGAGCUUCUUUGACGUCAAUCCCAUCUCUGGAAGAGUGUUCCUGAGGAACGGCCUACUAUCUGACAGUCUCCAGACUUCAUCCUAUGUAGCCCGUCUGAGAGCUUAUGACUCAGUCUAUCCCAACAACAAAGCCCAAGCUGACCUGACCAUCUCAGUGACAAGGAACCAGUUUGGACCAGUCUUCAGCAGGUCAAGAUACGAGAUCUCCAUCUCCGAGACUUUCCCUCUGGGCAACGAAGUUUUGGUUGUAACAGCUACAGAUUCCGAUGGGGACCAAGUGAUUUUCUCUAACCUUGGAUCCACCAAUGACCAGAGCUACUUCUACUUGAACCCUGAGACUGGACGAAUUACCCUGAGGAAGUUGUUAACUGGAAUCAGCCAGAACCAAUUCACUUUCAAUGUUCGAGCCACUGAUAACCGACCAUCCACUGUGGCACGCACUGCUGAGGCAACCGUGGUCAUCUCCAUCAUCAGAGACUCGGGCCCCCCACAGUUUAUCAGCACUCCUUACAUCACCUCAGUACCAAUCAACAAGGCCGUCAACACAUCCUUCUUCAAUGUCCAGGCCAUCGAUAAUGAUUUACGAGGAGUGAUUCGCUACAGACUGGAUGGCUACAGCCCUGGUACUCAGUAUUUCUUCCUGGAUCAAACCACAGGAGCCAUCUAUGUCAGACAACCACUGACACAAAUCUCAGGACUCAACAUUUUCACCUCCUUCACUCUCUUGGUUACUGCCUACGACACUGGUGUACCAGAAAUCAUCACCUCUACCAUUGUGACCAUCACCAUCACACGUAACCUUAACGCCCCAGUCUUCACAGCCAAUCGUUACCAAGAGACAGUCUACGACUACAUCGGACUGGGAAGCAAUGUUUUACAAAUUACAGCUACAGACAGUGAUGUGACCAGUCCCGAGAAUUCUGUCAUCUACGAUCUUCAGGACAAUUCUGGAUUCUUCACAAUUCAUCCAUUCAAUGGAAUGAUCACAAUCGAUAGGAGGCUGACUGAGGAUACCACAAGGAGAACUGUCUAUGUGUUUGGUGCCACAGCAACAGAUCAAGGUAGUCCAAGUAGAACAGGAACCGCCACUGUCACUGUCAAUGUGAUCCGAAACACUGGACAACCCACGUUUGUCACAUCCGUCAAUUACGACGUCACCGUCAGUGAGAGUACAUCUGUACUGUCCACCUUAUUGCAAGUAAGAGCUGUGGACAGUGAUGAUGCUAACACACCCAACGGACAGAUCCGCUACAGCAUUGUCAGCCCAGCUGUGGCCCGCUCAUUCUUCAACAUUGACCCGGUCUCUGGUAACAUCACAUCCAGACUCUCUCUCGUCAGUGUGCCGGAUGAUAUCUACACAUUCACAGUUCAGGCAACCGACUUGGGUAUCCCUGCUCUGUCCAGUCAGAUUUCUGUCACCAUCAGAAUCCAGAGGAAGGGUCUGCCUUCGUUUGGCCAGGACGAGUACACUGUUACCUUCAAUGAGGAUUACGCUGUAGGAAACAAUAUCUUACAGCUACAGGCCACUGAUCCACUGAACGCUCAGCUCCAGUACGACAUCACAGGCGAGACUAACUCCCUGACCAUGUUCUCCAUCAAUGCCCAAACAGGACAGAUAAAUCUUGCCCAGUCUUUCCGAUCUGAUUCCACCAUCAGCUCCUACUUGAUUCGUGUUGAAGCUUUUAGGACAACUGAUCCUACAAAGAGAGCUUUCACCAAAGUGAGGGUGUUUGUGACCAGGAAUACCGGGGCACCUGCCUUCAUUCAUGGAAAUCUUGAGAUCACUGUGCUGGAAGACCAGGCGCUGGCAGUUGGAAUUGCUGACCUCAAUGCUACCGACCCAGAUUCUGGAGAAAAUGGCCGUAUAACCUAUGUGUUACGAGGAUCUGACUCAGUGCCAUCAUACUCAGACGUUUAUUUCUAUGUCAACCCAACCAGUGGAGUGUUGUAUGUGACCAAACGCCUCUCUGAGGACACACAGCGACCUUCCAGAUAUGUCCUCUCCAUUACAGCUUUUGACAACGGCAUCCCUCAGCUCAGCAGCAGGGUCACUGUCACUGUUAAUGUCAUUCGUAAUCGCAAUGGACCAGUUUUCUCUGGCAAUUCAUAUGUAACAACCAUUGAUGAGUCUAUCUCUGUGGGCACCAGUAUCCUGCAAGUUCAAGCCACAGAUGCUGAUGGAGACCAGGUUCGCUAUAGCAUUAUCAGUGGAAUCCCAGGGUCCCUGUACUUUAGGAUUGAUGAAGUUACUGGUGUUAUUGGAGUGUCUUCAGCUCUCACUCAGACUGGCCAGGAACAAUUUGCAAUGACUGUACAAGCCAGAGAUGUUCCAGGACAAAUCGCUUCCUCUAGAUUUGCCACAAUCCAGGUUACCAUUAAUGUCCGACGUAAUCCCAAUGCUCCAGUGUUCCUGCAGAGUCUCUACAACCUGACAAUCUCUGAGUACGUGGGCGUACAGGACCUUGUUGUGACCGUCUCCGCCACAGACGCUGACUCCGCCUUCACGGACAGUGGAAGAAUUCGAUACAGGAUCAUCCAGGCCAGCUAUACACCACCAAACCAGUUCGCUCAGUUUGUGGCCAGUGAGUCCUCCGGUGGAAUCUACCUCAGUCAGCCACUGACAAGAGAUGGUGUCCCCGACACAUUCCAAUUGAUAGUGCAAGCUCAGGACUCGGCCGCUAAUCCCAAAUCUGCCACAGCCACUGUUUCUAUCAAUGUAGUCAGAAACUUGUACACCCCAACAUUCAACCCCAACAACUACACCGCUCAGGUCUAUGAUGCCUCAGCCAUUGGUACUUCACUGUUCACAGUGACAGCUACUGAUGCUGAUAGGACUGUCCCCUACAAUAGAGACACACCAAAUGCUGAGUUUAACUAUGGUAUGGAUAAGGACUUUGCCUACGAAAACCAGUUCUUUGAUGUGACAAAUGACGGAAAAGUUUACAUAAGGAAAUCUCUGACAAAUGGUGAUGGCCGAACUGUCUACAGAUUCCGCGUUAGUGCAUUGGACGGCAGCUGGAAGCCAAAGGCUGGAAAGACAGACUGUUAUGUGACUGUGAUCUACUCAUCCGUCAGACCGCGUGGAGUGGGAUUCACCCAGGGGUUGUACAACGCUUCUGUGUUUGAGAAUGUUCCUCUUCAAACCAGUCUCCUGACAGCUCAAGUAGAGAACCAUGAUCCAGACACAAACCUUGUGUGCAUCAUUUACUCAGUGUCACCUUCAACAUCACUAAGUCUGUUUGAUGUGGCUGUGGUCGGAAAUGCAUGUCAACUACGCGUCAGUGGUAACAUUGACAGAGAGGCAAGCGGUCAGUACAUCAUUGUGAUCGGAGUCCGAGAGGAGGCCAGAAGGACGAAGCGACAAGCAACAAAUCAACAGACACCUUAUGUAUACAACACCUUCCAGAAUGCCACAGUGAUCUUGACAAUAGAAGAUAGAAAUGACAAUGCCCCACAGUUCAUCUAUCCACAAUAUCCUGGUCAGUUGCUGAACAGAAACCUGUACGUUGGAGCCAUUUCAAUCAACGCUCCAGCUGGCAGCAAUGUACUCUCCAUUUAUGCUACAGAUCCAGAUGCUGGUCUCAAUGGUCAAGUGGUGUAUGAGUUAGUGGACAACACUGUUUCCUCUGCAUUUGGUCUCAAUACAUCAUCUGGAAACAUUUACACAUUCCUCGAAUUUUUCCGCACCUCAAAUAAUGUCAACUUGAACCCAUACCAACUCAGAGUGCGAGCCUCUGACAGAGCCAGUGAUAUUGAACGUCAGAGCACAGAGACCACAGUUUAUAUUGAUUUGAUCGAGGACAAGAACAGAUUUGUGAUGGAGUUGAACGUGCCUCCUAGGGAAGCUGUCAGGACUGUUGAAACCACUCGUCGCGAAAUCCAGAACGCCACAAACAAGAUUGUCAUUAUUGAAUCUAUUCAGGCCAGGCGUAUUCUUCAGAAUGGACAGCUGAGUUAUGACGAAAGAUACUCUGAUGUUACCUUUGUAGUUUCUGACCCAAAUAAUGGAUACAAUCUGGUGUUGAACACUGAAUUAAAUCUGGUUGGUGCCUCCACCGCCAGUGGAACUCUGGGACAGAUUAACUCUGCCCUCAGACAAACCGUGGAACUUGUCAGAACUCCAUUCAGUAUCAGCAGCAUUCAGAGCGUGGCCUCGGGCCUCCAGGACCGUGGUAACAUCGUCCGUGUGAUGACCAAGUCCUACACUUGGUGGCAGGAUGAUCCCUGGAUUGCAUUUGUUGCGCUAGGUGCCAUCGUCAUCCUCCUAGCCUUAGUGGGAAUCAUCAUUCUCUUCUACUCAUGGUCCAGAUACAAUAGCUACUUGGCAAGCUACAGAGUUUACAGGAGAAAUUAUGAACAUCAACCAGACUUCACCAACCCUCCAAGCUUCCUCAAAGAAUAUGAAACACAGAGUUUGAACAUGUAUGUCCCUCCUGAUGAGACCGUGCAUGACCUUGGAGAGAUUAACAUGAGUUUUGAUCGGGAUGCUUCCACCAGAAGUCAGGGUGGGGCCAGAGUGGUAGCCCGAAAAAACCCAGUGUACGACAACCGCGAGCAGUACGUUCAUUAUUAGUACCUCUCCACAAAAUCAGUAGAUACGAAGUUGAUGUCUUGAAUUAGACUCGUCACUGGAUUCCAAGACACAAGAACCAACCUGUAAUCAAUUAAAGACGCUAAUUUUCCAAAGACAGUGCUUUAGUUCUUAAAAGUGCUAACUAAUCAAAUUGUUCUAUUUAGAUAGAUUUUCAUUAAUAUACAAUUUUUCUCGAUAUACUCUGUAUCUACCAAAGUUUAUACUUUUAUAAUAAAAUAAAACAAAAAAUU